GCAUCCUUCACAAGGGCAGCGGUGAGAACAUCUUUGUGUCCCAGCAGCCACCCAUCAUCUCAAGCAUCAUGGGUAAUGGGCGUCGGCGAAGCAUCUCUUGCCCGAGCUGUAAUGGCCUGGCUGAUGGAAAUAAGCUGCUGGCACCUGUAGCCCUGGCAGCAGGCAUUGAUGGCAGCCUUUAUGUCGGAGACUUGAAUUUCGUACGCAGGGUUUAUCCCAACCUCAAUACCACACGCAUACUGGAGCUCAGAAAUAAGGAUUUUCGACAUAGUAACAACCCGACUCAUAAGUACUUCCUGGCUGUGGACCCAAUCUCCGGGGCUCUGUUCAUCUCUGACACAAAUUCACGGCGAAUCUACAAGGUGCGAUCACUCACAGGGGGAAGACUUUUGGCCGACAAUGCCGAUGUGGUGGCGGGCACAGGAGAGCAGUGCCUUCCUUUCGAUGAGAGAUGCGGGGACGGGGGAAAAGCUGUAGAAGCCACUCUCAUGAGCCCCAAAGGUAUUGCUGUAGAUAAGAACGGGCUUAUGUACUUUGUGGAUGCCACCAUGAUUAGGAAAGUGGAUCAAAACGGCAUCAUCUCUACUCUACUGGGUGCAAACGACCUCACUGCUGUGCGCCCACUGAGCUGCGACUCCAGCAUGGAUGUCAGUCAGGUGCGCUUGGAGUGGCCCACCGACUUGGCAGUAAACCCCAUGGAUAACUCUCUUUAUGUGCUAGAGAACAAUGUUAUCCUACGCAUCACUGAAAACCACCAAGUGAGUAUCAUCGCGGGGCGGCCUAUGCACUGCCAGGUGCCUGGCAUCGACUAUUCCCUCAGCAAACUUGCCAUCCACUCUGCCCUGGAGAGUGCCACGGCUAUUGGCAUCUCCCAUUCGGGCGUGCUCUAUAUCGCAGAAACAGACGAGAAGAAGAUCAACCGUGUGCGGCAAGUCAGCACCAACGGAGAGAUGUCGCUGCUGGCUGGCGCUGUGUCGGAGUGCGACUGCAAGAAUGAUGUCAACUGUAACUGCUUUGCAGGAGACGACGGUUACGCUACAGAUGCCAGCCUCAACUCCCCCAUGUCUCUGGCUGUCUCACCGGAUGGCACACUCUACAUUGCAGAUCUCAAUAACAUUCGGAUCCGCGCUGUGCGCACUAACCGACCUGGACCUUCAGCGCUGGGGCUAUAUGAGGUCGCGUCCCCUCAGGAACAAGAGUUGUAUGUGUUUAACGAAGAGGGUCUCCACCUACAGACCAUCAGUCUUGUGACAGGCCUGCCCCUCUACAACUUCAGCUAUGGCCCUGAUGGAGAGCUGGCCACAGUGGUGGAUAACUGCAAUAAUACAGUAAAAGUGCGUAGGGAUGGGGCAGGGCAGGGUGGAGCGGGACUGCUCAGGCUCAUCCUACAGCCUGAUAAUCAGGUGGUUACACUGGGACUGGAUCCUGCAGGAAGCUUGCGCUCUAUCUCUGCUCUCAACCAGGAGAUCGUUCUGCUGGGAUACAAUGGAAACACUGGCCUGUUGGCCACCAAGGCAGACGAGACGGGCUGGACAACCUUUUAUGAGUAUGACAGUGAAGGGAGGCUAACCAAUGUGACGUACCCCACGGGAAUGGUUACAAGUCUGCAUAGAGAGAUCGAAAAAUCCAUCAACAUUGACAUUGAGAGCUCCAACAGAGAUGAUGACGUCACUGUUAUCACUAAUCUUUCGUCGGUAGAAGCCUCCUAUACUGUUGUGCAAGAUCAAGUACGGAACAGCUACCAACUGUGUAACAAUGGCACACUAAGAGUAAUGUACGCCAAUGGGAUGGGAAUCAGCUACCACACUGAGCCCCAUAUCCUGGCAGGAUCAGUGAGUCCCACCAUCGGCCGCAGGAACAUCACCCUUCCCACUGACAACGGCCUGAACUCCAUCGAGUGGAGACUGCGCAAAGAGCUGGCCAAGGGCAAGGUCACUGUGUUUGGCAGGAAACUUCGGGCACAUGGGCGCAAUCUACUGUCAAUAGACUUCGACAGGAACACACGGACAGAGAAGAUCUAUGACGACCACAGGAAGUUUACUCUGAGAAUCACGUAUGAUGCCCAGGGCAGACCAGCAAUAUGGCAGCCCAGCAGCAGCCUUGCAGUGGUGAAUGUGUCGUACUCCAGUACAGGCCAGCUUGUGGGUCUGCACCGAGGCAGUAUGAGUGAGAGAACAGAGUUUGACCCGCUGGGACGAAUACUCUCACGCUCUUUUGUAGAUGGAAAGGUGUGGAGCUACAGUUACCUAGACAAGUCCAUGGUGCUGCUCCUGCAGAGCCAGAGACAAUACAUCUUUGAGUUUGACACGUCUAACCGCAUCACGGCUGUCACCAUGCCCAGUGUCGCCCGUCACACCAUGUUCACUCACGUCUCCAUCGGCUACAUACGCAACACCUACAACCCACCAGAGAGCAAUGCGUCCAUCAUCUACGACUUCAGUGAGGAUGGACGUCCUCAGGCCACGUACUUCCUGGGUACUGGGCGUCGUGUCCUCUACAAAUACGGCAAGCUGGCCAAGCUCUCAGAGAUCUUGUAUGACAGCACAGCCAUCACCUUUGGCUACGACGAGACAGCUGGGGUGCUAAAAAUGGUCAACUUGCAGAGCGGUGGCUUUUCUUGCACGAUUCGCUAUCGUAAAAUGGGUCCCCUUAUCGACAAACAGAUCUAUCGCUUUUCAGAGGAAGGUAUGGUGAACGCACGCUUUGAUUACACCUACCAUGACAAUAGUUUCCGAAUCGCCAGCAUGAAGCCGGUGAUCAGCGAGACGCCACUUCCUGUGGAUCUGUACCGCUAUGACGAGAUCUCCGGUAAAGUGGAGCACUUUGGAAAGUUCGGAGUCAUCUAUUACGACAUCAAUCAGAUAAUCACCACUGCUGUGAUGACCCUCAGCAAGCAUUUCGAUGCUCACGGGCGAAUCAAAGAGGUUCAGUAUGAGAUCUUUCGCUCUCUCAUGUACUGGAUGACAGUGCAGUACGACAACAUGGGCAGAGUAAUCAAACGAGAGCUAAAGAUCGGCCCGUACGCCAACACCACGCAGUACCGCUACGAGUAUGACGGUGACGGACAACUCAGCGGCGUCAAAGUGAACGAUUGGUCCACUUGGCGCUACAGCUACGACUUAAACGGCAACCUGCAUCUGCUCAACCCGGGUAACAGUGCCCGACUCAUGCCGCUCCGCUAUGACCUUCGAGACCGCAUCACACGGCUCGGUGACGUGCAGUACCGUCUGGACGAGGACGGUUACCUCAGCCAAAGGGGUGGCGAUGUGUUUGACUACAACUCUAAAGGCCAGCUGGUGCGCGCCUACAGCCGUGCAGCUGGAGGAUGGAGCGUGCAGUACCGUUACGAUGGGCUCGGACGCAGGGUGUCCACUAAGAACAGUCUGGGUCAGCACCUCCAGUUCUUUUAUGCUGACCUGAACAACCCGACUCGGGUCACGCAUGUGUUCAACCACUCCAGCUCGGAAAUCAGUUCUUUGUACUAUGACCUGCAGGGCCAUCUGUUUGCCAUGGAGGUGAGUAGUGGGGAGGAAUACUACAUCGCCUCUGACAACACCGGUACGCCACUGGCGGUCUUCAGCAGCAACGGGCAAAUGAUCAAACAGGUGCAGUACACUGCUUAUGGGGAGGUGUAUCACGACUCCAACCCUGAGUUCCAGCUCGUCAUCGGCUUCCACGGAGGGCUUUAUGACUCACUAACCAAGUUAGUGCAUUUCACGCAGAGAGACUAUGAUGUUUUAGCGGCCAGGUGGACAUCGCCUGAUUACACCAUGUGGCAGAAGAUCGGCAAAGAUCUGGCACCCUUCAACCUGUACAUGUUCAAGAACAACAACCCGCUCAGUGACAUGCUGGAUGUGAAGAAUUAUGUCACAGAUGUGAAGAGUUGGUUGGUGAUGUUUGGCUUUCAGCUCAGCAACAUCAUCCCAGGCUUUCCCAGACACACACUUUACUUUGUGGAUCCGCCAUAUGAGCUCCUCGCCAGUCAAGAAAGUGAAAACGGGCAGCUAAUAACCGGAGUUCAGCAGGAAGCCGAGCGGCACAGCCAAGCUUUCAUGGCUCUGGAGGGACGGCUUCUUGACAAAGAGCGCAAGACCACACACGAGAAACCUGGCCACUGGUUUGGCACGAGUACCCCCAUCAUUGGAAGAGGAGUGAUGUUGGCGGUGAAGGAAGGCCGUGUGGUCACAGGGGUCUCGAGCAUGGCCAGCGAUGACAGCAGGAAGGUGGUUCUAGUGCUAAAUAGCGCUGUCUACUUAGAUGGGACGCACUACACGCAGGACGGCCUUGAUUGUCAUUUCUUUGUGAAGAUAGGCUCAGCUGACAGUGACCUUCUAGCUUUGGGACUCACCAAUGGACGUAAGGCACUAGAAAGCGGGAUCAACGUGACGGUAAGCGGUCGAUCGCGGCGUGGGGUCACCGUUGAGUUCCGGGUUCCAUCUCUGUCUCUGAGUGUACGUUACGGUUUGGCGUCAGACGUGCUGGAUGAGGAGAGAGCCCGGCUGUUGGAGUUGGCGCGGCAGCGGGCGCUAUCGGGCGCCUGGUUACGAGAGCAGCAGCGGGCACGGGAUAAUAAAGAGGGAAGUCGCUUGUGGACUGAAGGAGAGAGACAGCAGCUCCUUUCAACAGGGAAAGUGCAGGGGUACGACGGGUACUACAUUUUACCAGUGGAACAGUACCCUGAAUUAGCAGACAGCAGUUUCAACAUUCAGUUCCUGAGACAGAAUGAGAUGGGGAAGAGGUAACAGUCCAAAUCGUUUUCUUUUCCUGUUUCUUUAUAUUUCGCUUUCUCUCUCCGCUUAUACCUUUACAGUUUUCAGUUGUUUUUUCUCUCUCUUGCUUCGUCUUUCUCUUUUUCCCCCUCACUUUCUUUCCGUUAUCUCCUGCACCCAUGGAGAAUAAUUGAACUAAUGGGGAAACUCACUGAACGCUGCAGGGACUUUUAAGAGAAAAACACUCAAAAAACUUUGUUAAUACUGCCUCUGGCAAAAAAGAACAAUUUGAAAGACCUCGUCUUUGUUUUUCAACAAUGGACGUCAAAAAGCACUGAUAAACUGAAAAACAAAACAGAGCUACUGUUGCUGAAAUAUGAAAAAUCCCCUUUUUAAAAAAGAAUAGAUAUUUUUACCCAUAUUUUUUGGGUUACUGAGAGGAUGUUGGUGCCAGAUGGUACCCUUGUGAUGGUGCGAUCUGGAUCGGAGAGGUGCUGCGAGUCUCACGCACCCCUGGAGAGGUCAAACUGAGGAGUAACAUCCGUCAAGACAAAUGUCAGUCUCAGGCCUCAUAUUCUUCACAGCUAAACUGUCAAUUGCCACUGCAGCAUAUUCCAUCGUCUACAGACUGUUUCUUCAAGACAAUUCCAGUGGAGUAAAAGUGAUGAGAAAAUCCAAGUCAGACAUAGUUUGUUUUUAUCACUGAUAGAGAAGUACUUGCAUUGUAUCAGAUAACAGUGAAGUUCUGAGUGUGCUUUAGAUGCGAUAGUUUUGUAUGUCCCAGUCGCAUUAGAGUAACGAGACCUUCACCAAGGCACUUCUGUAUAGAGAUAUCCGAAAAAACACUCACAGUCUCCAGAUUGAAAGGUUACUAGUGUCAGAAACUAUUUAUUUUUACUUAGUUUGUUUUCAUUUGUAUCAUUCAUAGUACUAUAUGACAAUCAUAAAAGGAGUCACCGCUUUUAGCUACAAUGAUGAACAUUAAUGGUUGAGUUUAUUUUCCUUUGUAUGACAUGUAAUAAUUUUUCAUUUUUGUAUUAAUUUUUCUUUUUUUGCUUCAAAGAAAAUUCUAGUCAUGCACAGAAAUAAUUUAUGUAAAGUGUUUUAAAAUGGUUUAUACUUUAAAUAAAGUUUAAAAACUGUGAAACUUGUUUUUCAAAAUAUAUCUGUAUGUACAGUGUAUAGAUUUACCUUUAUGCAGCACAGUAGAAUAUUGUUCAUAAUAUCAACUUUUAUAUUUCUAUCAGAAGGUGGCUUGUUAUGUGCAAAUCAACAGCUGGUAUUAAAACACUAGAAUUUCGUGACACUCAGAUAUCACAGAUGAAUAAUAUCGAAGCCCCGUUUGAUGUUCUGUUUUAGUUUUGUUUUUAUGCAGAAAAGUUGCUGUACUAGAACCCAAACCAUAGAAAUGGAUUUUUUUCCACUGUGAAGAGACUCAUUAUGGAUGUCAUGAUGUACCAAAUCAGUAUUGAGGGAUGAUUCUUACUCAAGUGAGACUCUUCUGAGACCUUACCAAUAAAUAGUUUAAUUCA